GUAGUAUAUUUACAAUUUUGAUGGUGGGACCGGUGACCAGCGACUCGAAGCUCGUGAAUGUGAUAUAACGUAUUUUGUUUGGCCCAUCAUAUUAGAUGUAAACGGACUGUCGCGUAGUAAGGACGUUGCGACGUGUUGUCGGCUAUUCAAUUUUUUAUUAUUAUCUCUUGUGUAUCUCAGUGUGUUUCUCUCGCUGUGUGUGAAGUGUGUAACGUGCAUCGAAGUAGUUGUCAAUGCAAACUGGAUCGUUGGUGUUUUUUUCGUUCAACAAAUUCAAAAACUUCUGUUGUGCGCUCAUCAAUUUAUUCGAUCCUUUCGGGAAAAAUAAUUGAACCGACCGCUAAUCACCAGUCGAGGUGACAGUGCCCAAAAAACCAAGUGCUUGCAAAAAGUGGAUCAUCAUCAAAAAUCAACUAUUUUCUGCAUCAAAUUUCGCAUAAACAUUUGAACUUCUGCAAAUUUAGCGAAAUAAAAAAUUACCGCCGUCAAAAAAAAACAAGUGAUACACAACUUGAGAAGAGCUGAACAAUUGUUUUGUUUUUAUUUUGAAAUUUGAAGGCGUUGAAUUUAUUUGAAAAAAAAAUCUUUGUGCAAUUAUUUUUAAAUUUGGAUUAUUAAAUUAUUUUUUUUAUCGACUUUCGGAUUAUGAUAACAAAAAAAAUGGUGAAAAUAAAUGAUUUGAACUGAUUCAAAAAGAAGAAAAACCAAAUACAAACAAUAUUUCAAAGAGGAAAAAUAUAAUUGAAGGACUGGAAUUAAUUUUUAGCGAUUGUUUGAAUUCAACACUUUCAAUUUAUCUGAGAACUGUUUGUAUGGUUCGGAAAACAUACACGCAAAAUUGGUGAAGGAAAAUGAUUUAGUGCAGUGAACAUACAACAAUUUGAGGACAUUGGCCAGUAUUCUAGGAUUAAUUUCUGCUUUAGAAACAAUCUAAUAAGAAUCUAUUUUAUAAAACCGACACGAAUUAACCAAAUAUGAAUCAUUUCGAGAAGUGAAUAAAGAUACAAACAUUGAGCCACCGACACAUAAUUAACUGAAAUGUAUGCAGUGCAGAUAAAAGACAAUACGACCGAAUGCUAGAUUCCAUGAAGUAGUGAAUCAUCAGAGUUUUUAUCUUAAACAAAAUAAAUUGACAUUUUUUUUCGUGGCUGUGAAGUGUCUGAUUAAAAAUUUCCAAAAUGAGAAUCAAAAUGCCAGCCGUUCGAAUUGCUCAAGCAGAAUCUGAAUCAACAGCAGAACCUGGAGCUAUACAGGAUAUACUAACAUGUGGCUCGUGUCAAAAAACAUUUGCACUCGGCGACAUCGUUAAAUUCAUUCAGCACAAAGUUUUGCAGUGCAACAAAGAAAAUUAUGGCCAGUGCUUCCCACAAGGUGGUACAACCGGUGACAGAGACUCAGAAGAUGGUAGACCGUUGAGUCUUGUAAAUCGACGGCCGUCGAUUUCAGCGCCAAUUUCCACACGAAAACCAUCCAGUUCAUCGUCACGCGUUCACACACCACCUCUAGCUAGUCCUGGUUUCUUGAGUGGUGACGGUGCAUCGAGCACACCAAAAAGACUAACACCUGAUGAUGAAAACGAAAACGAAAAUGAAAAUUCCGAAUCAAAACAAUCGGAACUCAAUUCGUUAGAAAACAACAGCAACUCAGAUGAUGAACAAAAGCGUGGAAAUAGCGCAGACAGCAGUAACAGUUUAGAAAUCAAACGCGAACGAAACGAAAACAGCAGCACAAAAAUCGAUGGAAACGACGGUGAAACCAACACAGUAAACAAUGAACCCAUCAACUACGUCUGUUCGACAUGCAAAACAAAAUUGAGUUCAGCAUGGCGUCUCGUGCAACAUGUUCAACAUGCGCACGGCGUUAAAAUCUACGUAGAAUCAUCGAAUAAGCAUUUGAUUGAAGCCCAAUUGCAACAACAACAACAACAACAACAACAACAACAACAACAACAGCAACAGCAGCAACUACAAGACAAAGAAAAAGACAAAUGUUCAAAGAAUUCCAGCUCAUCGUCCGAUUUGAGCAAUGCAAGCAAUCAAUCGAAUUCGAUAUCGAAUCAGAAACCAAACGACCAACAAAAUGCAGCGCUUUUAAGACACCACCCGUUGUUGCCGCCACCAGACAUGCACGGCAAUCCAUUCGGUUUGCUGCGCAUGCCAUUGCCGCCACCGCCAGUUGGUCCAUUCUUGUCACGAUCACAUCAUGAUUUCCGCAUGGAACAACUCGUCAGCGAACAAUUCCGUCAUCAUGGUCUCAAUUUGGCAGCAGCCGCAGUUGCUGCAGCCAAUUCCCUUGCUCCACACAAUGCGGGGUUUCAAUCGCCUGGAAGUGAGCGACCAGCAUCGACUGGCGGCCGAGUCUCUGCAUCAGCUUCAAAUCCGAAUCUCUCAAUUGAACCACAAAUCGAUUUUUAUUCACAACGAUUGCGCCAAUUGGCCGGCACAACGAGUCCAGGAAACAAUUUAGCAAACGCAAGCUCACCAAGCCCACAAAAACAGCAAUCACCAACGUUUGCUAGCCCAUCACCAUCGCAAUUGCCACCGACUCCGUUGACAAAUAACUCACGGCCGCAGAGUUUGACGCCACCCGAAAAACACACAACUGAUGUAAACAACGAUGAAGCUCGUACUAUCAUCACAACACCACGUUCGGCAUCCACACCACCAAAGGAAUCGCAAUCGAACGAUGGUGUGCACGCUUGCGAAUUUUGCGGAAAGAAAUUCCGAUUCCAAGCCAACUUAUUGAUACAUCGACGCUCUCACAGCGACGACAAAUCGUACAAAUGCAACAGCUGUGAUUUUACCUGUUUCCAAGCAUCGAAAUUAAAGCAACACUUGAAAGUGCACGCAACACCAGAGGAUCGUACCAGCAACGCUGGUUCAGUUGAGACAUUUGACGGAGACGAAUCGAAUCCCGAAGAUGAAGAAGAUGUCGAAGAGAUCGACGACGAAGAAGAUGAAAAUGAAGAAAUGGAAUAUGAGGCUGAGGACUUGAGCGUUGGCAGCAAGAGCGAGAAGCAAUUCGAUAUGAAACGUGAUUUGCUCAUGGGACAUCCACCAUCAUCGUUGGUUGGUGAGCUCAUGGAUAAGUUCGGUUUGUCGAACAUUCCACAGUAUUCGGAAGCAUUGAAACAGGCAUGGCAAGAAUCCAACAAAGCACUUCAAAUGCAAUUAUCAAUUAAAGAUCGUGACAAUAACAAUAGCAGUGCAAUGGCUCCACUUUCCGACAAACUUAACGGUUUGCCGGCCGCAUUGCGCUUACGCGAAGAAUUCGCAAAGAAUAUGCUACAAUCGCAACAAGCACAAACACCAAACCAAGUACCAAUGUACAAUCCGAAUCCAUUUGAAAGCCCGUUCGAUUCGGCCAAACGAAUGAAACUCGACAACAACGAAUGGUGGUCAUUGCCCGGAUUGCACCGCAACGAUCCGUUCUUCGAAAAUCUCAAGGCAAAAACGCACAACAUCAUCCCAACGUCGACGGCCAAUCUCAUGCACAAUCCGUUGAUGAAAAAAGAACACAAACGAAAUGAUACGUGCGAAUACUGUGGCAAAGUGUUCAAAAAUUGCUCAAACUUGACAGUACAUCGUCGUAGUCACACCGGCGAAAAGCCGUACAAAUGUGAAUUAUGCUCGUAUGCAUGUGCUCAGAGCAGCAAACUAACGCGUCACAUGAAGACACAUGGUCGUUCGGGUAAGGACGUUUAUCGCUGCCGAUUCUGUGAUAUGCCAUUCAGUGUUCCAUCAACGCUAGAGAAACAUAUGCGCAAAUGUGUUGUGAAUCAGAACAAGCAUUUGAAAAAUAUGUCAGCGGCCAGUGGAUUGAAUCCACACUUCCCAAUGCCUCCACUUCCAACGCUGGCCGCAAUGAAUGCCAGCCUAUGCAACAGCGUUCCAAGCAUCAACGAUGACGACGGUGUAACGAAUUUAUCGGCCCAUGCCUCAUCCAGUCUAUCGACGCCAGUAUCGCUGCCGACGUCAGCACUUUCAUCGCCGUCAUUGUCAUCACUAUUACCUCAGCACCAUCAACAGCAACCGAUGUCUAUCAAAGAGGAAGCUUGACUUUAUUCCAAUUGGGCAGCUGCUUAUCGUUUGCCUCCAAAUCGAAUGAUGUCAAGCAUCUUCUAACGAUCGAAAACUGAACAUAAACGUUAUUUAUUUUGAAAGGAAAAAAAAACACAAUCAAUCCCUUGCAAAUGCGGCAAUACACAUCGGUUAUUAGAUAUUUAUAAUUCGUGUGCACUUUGAGAAAAACAAAAUGAAUCAUUUUUAUCAUUAUAAUUAUUAUUAUCAUUAUUAUUUUCAGUAAUCAAGUAUUUUUUUAGUUGAAUUCGUUUUAAGAAAAAGCAAAAAUCACCAGCUGAAUUGAAGAGAAAAAAAGAAAUGAAAUACAGAGGCAUUAAUACCAAAGUCAAAGAAAUGAGGCACAUCUCCAUUUUAAUAAUUUAAUGAUGAUUACGACAGUAAAUCGAGAGGAAUCAUGCAAAAGAAACGUAAUUUUAAAAAGACAUAUUAAAUACAUAGUUAAUUGAAAUGAUAAAACAUUUAGCGGGCAGAAAUUAAGCAUCACUAGGUACGUACUGUAAAUAUUAAAUCCAAUAUAAUCUAGAUAAGGCAUUUGAUUAUAAUUCGAUACAUUGAUAUGAUUUCAAUGCAUUCUGCAUUUGCAGAUCAACACACACACACACACAAACAACAUUUUAAACAAAUGAAAGUUCAAGACAACUUUUUAAAUUAAUGAAUCCAAUUUAAUGAAAAAAAAAGAAGAAAAAAGAAAAUCAACAUUCUCAUGUCUGUAUAUGUAAAGAAAAACUUGAACGUAAGACGAAUUCAAUAUUAAACGUAGUGUCAAUUGUAUGAAAACCACACAUACACAUCCACUGGAGAAAACAAUUAGUUCAUUUUGCGAGAGAAAACGUUUCACUUUGCCCUUUUCACUCCUUUUCACCCUAUACAAAAAGAAAGCAGUUUCAAAACCACUUGUUCGUAUCUAUUCUACUAGCAAUUUUAAAUCUAAUUUAGAUCGUAUUCUUAAUCGUAGUGUAUUCUGUAUAAAAAAAAAGAUGGAUUUUUAAUAAAAAUCACACAUAAAGUAUUUGAAUCAUUGAAAAUCACCGUUUUCCCAUUCAAUUUAUUUGUUUGCUUUCGUUUCAUUUUUCUCCUCCUCCAUUCGGUUGGCUUAAUUUCUUUUUAUUUUUUUAUUUUUUGAUGAUAACGUUUUCGGAAUCCAAAUGCACGAGAUUUGCUUGGCAUAUUAAUAGACACACACGCAGAAAAAAAUGCGAUUCCAAGAAUGCACUUACUUACUAUGAAGUCCUUUCCUCGAUUUUCCCCAUCGAAUAUUGUUUUCACUUUGCCUUUGCGACACCUCAUAGUUUCUUUUUGAUUAGUUUUAAUGUUGCAAGUUUUAUUUAUUCGUGUUUUAGUUAAACCGUACACUUGAACGAAAGGUAAACGCAUACAGUUAAGUAAGAAAUAAGGAGCAAAUGAUGUUGUUUUUACGUUCACAACAAUUAAGCAACCUGGAAAAUUAAGAAUGCGAAUGUAUCGUUGUCUAUUUGAUAGAAAGAAAUGGUGAAAGGAAUACUUGGAUAGAAAAGUUAAAGGUAUUUAAAAA